AUGGCGGAGUCAUUGGCCACCGCGUUUGCCCCGAGUGAAACUAUGCAGGAGAUUGAUGAGGAAACAGCGGUGUAUUGCAGGUCGCAUGACGUGAUGUGGCUGGGCUUCGUCCGCGACUUGUUAUCGACGCUACGCAAAGCGGCGCAUGAAGUGCAGGCAAAGAGUGAGGGGCAGCUGGAGUCGCGGCACUUGUGCGUCGGUGACUUCGGCCAAUUCAGCAGACUCUCCACCGCGUUGGAAUUGCUGCAGGACUGCUGCCUGAAGUGGGAGGAGUGCCGGGCAGAGGCGGAAAAGGGGUUUCUGGAGUAUUACUUUGCCAUGCACUCACUCAAUUCUGGGACUGAGCCAAAAACAGGGGCGGUGCCAGUUGGAAAAUUCAUGUCGAAUUUGUUUGCCGGAGUUCCUGGCACGGUGGGCGGGGAUCGUUUGGCGGAAGAGCUGCGGGUGGAGAGAAAACGGUUGUGUCUUGCAGACGCACUUGGGCUGCCGUUGGAGCUGCCGCGAGGGGGAGACGAACAACAGCUCCCGCAGGGCAUGUUAGCUUUGGAGAGGGCACUGAAAUCGUUCCGCGUUGUAACGGACGAGACGCUGCCUGGUUACCUUUACUGCACGAUUCAGCCAUUGCUGUGCGAGAUGACGUCCUGUUGGUUGCUCAAUGGCAUUUUUGCCGACACGCCGCUGCGUCUUAUAGGCACCGCGGAGGGGAUGAGACUCGCGAAGGAGCGACUUGAAUUGCAUGCAUCCUCGUUGCGAUUUCUUUUAGAGUUGGCGGAGAAUGAAUUUUGCCGCUGCCACACUGCGACGGCGUUGGAGUCGAAAAAAAAACUGGAAGAAAUGCUCUUGCGUGUGACCGUCAUGCAAACUGCAGCCACCCGAGAUGGGGUGGUUGGGCAACUUGCAAAAGAGUGGCGAAUGGCUGCCGAAGAGGCGCGAGCGGUUCUCGCCAGCACGGAGAAGACGUUGUUGGGCGUUUUACCGGGGCAACUUAUGGGUGAGUUUGAUAAAUUGUUUCAAUUAUCACCUCAUCGGGUGAUGGAUCACAUUGUGCACAGCUUUCAGCUUCCACUCACGUCGACGGCACCCAACCAUGAUGUGGAUAGGGUGGUGCGGUGCGAUGAUGUUCCAACGGCCGUCGCAGCUGUUGGUGCGUUAUUUGACGGCAUGUCGCUUGAGGAAGUGGAGUACCUCCUGCAACCAUCUGACCCGGACAACAUGUCAACGACACAGAGAGAGGAGGGGACUUUUUUGGCAAAAAUACAAGCACACUUUUAUCGUUUGUUUAAGCUGCUGCUGCGUGCGUGUUGCCUUCAAGGAGGUGAAGUCUUGGUAAUGCUGUGGCCAUUCUUUGAGUUGCAGGCAUCCCCUUUUCUUUGUUCCGUGCCCCACGCACGCCUUGCAGCAAUGCUGCAGCGUCACAAUUACGCUCUCUUUGACGCAUUGCUGGGGACGCCAUGGAGGGUGAAGGCGGCAGUGCUAUUGGGCGGCGGCUGGGUGCGUGCAGCACGAGGCCACUUUGCGCAAUGGCUGUCAGAGAGACGUGGUGAGGGGAGAGAGUUGUUGCCUAUUAUUGUUUUCAAACAACUUUGGAGGGAAGACGAUAAAAGUGACGUGGAAAACGGCACUCAAAAUCCGUUUUGUAUUUCGCUGCUCCGGCGGAUUAUCACCGGCUGCGGCGGCAGGCUGAUGAAUGCAAAAGUAGCGGUUCUUGUCCCGGCCGGGGGCGCAACAGUUCUUUCCAGGCGCUACAGCGUCUUUCCGAUGAUGCGCCAUGCAUCUUGUGAAGUGGGAGGGACGGAUGCCGAUGAAACUCGGGGAGGGAAAAAUAACGUGUCUUGCUUUAUGAUGACGGAGGCGAAAAGUCGUCCUUUGCUAGUGGCACUGCUACAAGCCACAAUGAUGCCGGUGUUUUCAUACUCUGUGUGUGGUGCCACACCCCUUUUGUUUGUCUCUGACGGUCUCGACAGCAAAAAGCAAAUGCACGUAUUGGACGCUGGCCUUUUGGCAGGCAAUGGGGUUGGAUAA